AAGAAAAGGGGCUGAAUAAUCAUCGGUAAGGAAAUAAAAAGAUGACAUACUAACAUAAAUAUGACCCUACAGAAAACUGGGAGGCCUCUUUAGGUAAAUAAGAGAGCUAUGCUAGAACAGCAUAUUUCUGCUAGGAGGCCUCAAGAAGAUCGGGAGGCCUUUGGUGCUUAUAAAGAGGUUAUUAUACAAAGCCAUAUAAUAAGUUGGAGGCCUCAUGUAGUUAGCGGGGUUUCUGUGCCCCGCGAUUUAGUGGUAUAAUAGGGCGAAAAGUUGGUGGGGUUUAAGCUCGGAAAUCGAUGAAAUCCAUCAGCCUUUCAACUUUUAAAUAAUUCAAUCCAAACAUCAGCCUCGUCUUGAUUUUUGACAAGAUGGCUGCCAAAGCUCCUACAGAGGAGUUAAAGAAACUCAGUGUUGGUGCCAAUGGUGGCGCAAACGGCAAGGCCGCCGGCGCAUCCAACGGUACCAAGAACGGCGAUGCCGAAGAGCAUUCGGCCGAAGACUCCGAUGACGACGCCGACGAACAAGUAGCCGAGCCUGCACCCGGGGCUGCCAAGAAAAAGAAGAACAAGAAGAAGAAGCCAAAGAAGAAGAAGAAGGCUCCCACUGCUCAGACAGAUCCUCCUAGUGUUUUGAUGUCGCAAUUAUUCCCGAACAAUACCUACCCUAAGGGUGAAGAGGUCGAAUACAAGGACGAGAACCGCUACCGCACCACCAGCGAAGAGAAGCGACACUUAGAUAACUUGAAUACCGACUUCCUCGUCGAUUAUCGUCAUGCUGCUGAGACUCAUCGUCAAGUUCGCCAAUGGGCUCAGAAGAACAUUAAACCUGGCCAGACCUUGACCGAAAUUGCCGAAGGUAUUGAGAAUAGUGUUCGACGCCUCGUCGGUCACGACGGAUUGGCAGAAGGUGAUUGUCUAAUUGCGGGUAUGGGAUUCCCCACCGGUCUGAACUUGGAUCAUAUUGCCGCCCACUUCAGCCCAAACGCUGGAAAUAAGACGGUUUUACAGCAGAGCAAUGUCAUGAAGGUGGAUAUCGGAGUUCACGUCAACGGAAAGAUCGUUGAUAGUGCCUUUACUAUGGCUUUCGAUCCCAUGUACGACAACCUGUUGGCGGCCGUUAAGGAUGCAACCAACACAGGUAUCCGGGAGGCCGGUAUCGAUAUGCGCCUGGGUGAGCUUGGUGGAUAUAUCCAAGAGACCAUGGAGAGUUACGAAUGCGAGAUCAACGGCACUACAUACCCGAUUAAGUCGAUUCGUAACCUUACCGGCCACACCAUUCUACCUUACAGCAUUCACGGAACCAAGAGUGUCCCCAUCGUUAAGUCGGCGGACACUACUAAGAUGGAGGAAGGUGAUGUUUUCGCUAUUGAGACCUUCGGCAGUACCGGAAACGGUUACGUCCACGAUGAAGGGGAGGUUUCUCAUUAUGCCAUGCGCAGAGACGCCCCGAAGGUUGACCUACGUUUGUCUUCGGCGAAAUCUCUUCUUAAUGUCAUCAAGAAGAACUUCGGCACUAUUCCAUUUGCUCGAAGAUACCUAGACAGACUAGGCCAGGAGAAGUACUUACUCGGAUUGAAUAAUCUCGUCCAAGCAGGUAUCGUAGAGGACUACCCGCCUCUACUUGAUAAGAGGGGCUCGUAUACCGCCCAGUUUGAGCACACUAUUUUGCUCCGACCUACCGUGAAGGAGGUCAUCAGCCGUGGCGACGACUACUAAGUAAAAUGAUAUGAACAAUUCGGGUUGACUGCGUUUGUGGUUAUUCCCAAAACAUGUAGCCUCUACUGAGGGGUCAAAAUCAAACGAAUUCUCACAUUUUGAUCUUUCGAUCAUAUUAUAGAAAACCUAUGAAAUAAAACAAGUUUAGUGCGAAU